AUGCUAAAUCCAAUUAAAAGAAUGAAUUUAUGUCAACAAUGUUUUCAUAUAUUUGUUACUGAAAAUGAUAUUCUUUAUUGUUCAUUUACUGAUCGUCAUCAAAUUCUUUCGAAAUCAUUAUUGAAUCAAUGGAAUCCUUUAUUAAUUGUUGCUGGAACAGGCACACAAGGUUCAACAUCAACAACACUUCGAUUUCCUCGUGGAAUUUUUAUUGAUGAAAUAAAUCAAGAUUUAUUUAUUGCUGAUUCUGGAAAUAAUCGAAUACAAUUAUUUCAAUUAAACAAAUUAACUGGAAUAACUAAAGUUGGAAAUGGUUCUUUAAAUGUAACAAUUGAUUUGAAUUGUCCAACUUCAAUUGCAUUAGAUAAACAAAGUUAUUUAUUUAUUGUUGAUUCCAUGAAUAAUCGAAUUAUUGGGGAAAAUCAAAAUGGGUUUUAUUGUUUAAUUGGAUGUAAUAAAUCAUCAGGAAUAAAUUCAAAUCAAUUAAAUCAACCUUCGAGUAUUAGUUUUGAUUCUUUUGGAAAUAUUUUUAUUACUGAUCGAAAAAAUAAUCGAAUACAAAAAUUUAAUUUAAUUAUUGAUUCAAAUAAAUGGAUAAUAACGCCAUAUAUGAAUCUCGCACGAUAUUAUCACACAUCAUCUCUCUUAUCCACUGGAACAGUAUUCGUUACUGGUGGAUAUUACAAUGGUUAUCUCAACAAUGCUGAAUUAUAUGAUCCAUUAACAGGUAAAUGGACAAGAACUGGAUCGAUGAAUAGUGCACGAGAUCUACAUACAGCAUCUGUCUUAUCCAAUGGAAAAGUAUUAGUUACUGGUGGCGGUUCCAACACUGCUGAAUUAUAUGAUCCAUCCAGAGGCAGUUGGACAACAAUUGGAUCAAUGAAUGUUACACGGUCUUAUCAUACAGCAUCUGUCUUAUUAAAUGGAAAAGUACUAGUCGCUGGUGGUAGUUAUCUCAACACUGCUGAAUUAUAUGAUCCGUCAACUGGUAAUUGGACAAGCACUGGAUCGAUGAAUAGUGCACGAUAUUAUCACACAGCAUCUGUCUUAUCCAAUGGAAAAGUAUUAGUUACUGGUGGAAUUUAUAGUGGUUAUCUCAACACUGCUGAAUUAUAUGAUCCGUCAACUGGUAGUUGGACAACAACUGGAUCGAUGAAUAGUGCACGAUAUCUACAUACAGCAUCUGUCUUAUCCAAUGGAAAAGUCUUAGUUACUGGUGGAAUUUAUAGUGGUUAUCUCAACACUGCUGAGUUAUAUGAUCCAUCAACUGGUAGUUGGACAACAACUGCAUCGAUGAAUGUUACACGGUCUUAUCAUACAGCAUCUGUCUUGCUCAAUGGAAAAGUAUUAAUUGCUGGUGGUAGUUAUCUCAACACCACUGAAUUAUAUGAUCCAUCAACAGGUAAUUGGACAAGCACUGGAUCGAUGAAUAGUGCACGAUAUUAUCACACAGCAUCUGUCUUAUCCAAUGGAAAAGUAUUAGUUACUGGUGGAAUUUAUAGUGGUUAUCUCAACACUGCUGAAUUAUAUGAUCCGUCAACUGGUACUUGGACAACAACUGGAUCGAUGAAUAGUGCACGAUAUUAUCAUACAGCAUCUGUUUUAUCAAAUGGAACAGUAUUAGUUGCUGGCGGAUAUUAUAAUGGUGAUCUCAACACUGCUGAAUUAUAUGAUCCGUCAACUGGUAAUUGGACAAACACUGGAUCGAUGAAUAGUGCACGAUAUCUACAUGCAGCAUCAGUCUUAUCCAAUGGAAAAGUAUUAGUUACUGGUGGCGGUUCCAACACUUCUGAAUUAUAUGAUCCAUCAACUGGUAGUUGGACAAGCACUGGAUCCAUGAGUAGUGCACGAUCUCAUCAUACAGCGUCUAAUUUAUCAAAUGGAACAGUAUUAGUUGCUGGCGGAUCUAAUGGUGGUUCUUACACUGCUGAAAUUUAUGAUCCGUCAACUGGUAGUUGGACAAACACUGGAUCGAUGAAUAGUGCACGAUAUCAACAUACAGCAUCUAUCUUGUUAAAUGCAACAGUAUUAGUUACUGGUGGAUAUUAUUACGGUUCUAUCAACACUACUGAGCUAUAUAAUCCAUCAACAUGUAGUUGGACAAGCACCGGAUCGAUGAAUAGAGCACGAUAUUAUCAUACAGUAUCGGUCUUAUCCAAUGAAACAGUAUUAGUUGCUGGUGGAGUGGGUGAUGGUUCAAACACUGCUGAAUUGUAUAAUCUAUUGACAGAUGAAUGGGCCAAUACUGGAACCAUGAAUGUUGCACGAUAUUAUCAUACAGCAUCUGUCUUAUCGAAUGGAACCGUAUUAGUUGCUGGUGGAGCCGGCGAUGAUUCCGACACUGCUGAAAUUUAUGAUCCAUCAGCAGAUAAAUGGAAAAGCACCGGAUCUAUGACUACUGCGCGAUCUUAUCAUACAGCAUCUAUCUUGUUAAAUGGAAAAGUAUUAGUUACCGGUGGAUACUAUAGUGGUUCUAUCAAGACUGCUGAAUUAUAUGAUCCAUCAACAGGUAAUUGGAGAAGAACUGGAUCGAUGAAUACUGCGCGAUCCGCUCAUACAAUAUCUGUCUUAUCCAAUGGAGCAGUAUUAGUUACUGGCGGCUCUAUCAACACUGCUGAAAUAUAUGAUCCAUCAACAGGUAAUUGGACAAGCACUGGAUCGAUGAAUAGUGCACGAUAUUAUCACACAGCAUCUGUCUUAUCCAAUGGAAAAGUAUUAGUUACUGGUGGAAUUUAUAGUGGUUAUCUCAACACUGCUGAAUUAUAUGAUCCGUCAACUGGUAGUUGGACAACAACUGGAUCGAUGAAUAGUGCACGAUAUCUACAUACAGCAUCUGUCUUNCAUUUUUUCGAAUCUAGAAGGAAAUAUUUUGUUCUGAGGAAACUUUACAAUUAUGACAUGAAACAUUCGCAGGUAAAAUCAUAUUUUCAACCUAAUUCAGUUAAACUAAUGCCAGCAUCGUGCCGGACUAUCUAUAGUUAA